AGGCGGAAGAAAUGUGUCGAAAACACCUUUCCAACAUGCGGUUCUUGUGCUCGUCUGAACCUGAAGUGUGUUCGGUCGUCAACUCGCGAUGUUGUGCCAACAAGCUGGGUUGACCAGAAGCAACCCUUCAAGCAAAUAGAACCAACGUCGAGGACUUCCAGUGUGCCCGAAUCAUCGUCUUCUUUCCCCCUGUGCUCACCAAUGCCCACUGGAGACCAUCUCGAGCCCCAUCAAAAGCGUCAGGUCAUGCGAUAUUAUAUCACAGUCUUGUGCCACUACCUGACAGCCAGUGAGCAGUUCAACUCGUUCCUAUCGGCAUUCGCUUCGGGACAUUUGUCUCUUUCCAAUGAAUCUUACAAAGUAACUGCCCUUAAGGCUCACUCAACGGCCAUCAGCAAUUUCACAAUAGCCUUGAGCACGCCCCAGCAGCAUGUCACAUGGUAUGAGACACAAGCGGCAACAUGUCUUGCCUUUGUUGUAGGAGAAGUCAGCAGGGGCGACAAUGGUGGAUGGUCUUCCCAUCUCCAUGGAGCAAAAUUACUCAUUGAAUCGGCUGUCGUCAAUACAAGCAAUGGUAGGGUGCUGCGUGGUCCAGAUGUCUUCAAGAGCAGUUCCGAAGGACAGUGGAUUCUUCGAAACUUUGCAUAUCAUGACAUUAUCGCCAGCGUCACUCUGAGGAGAAGACCUUUGCUUGACUGCAGCUAUUUGGAUGGUAUCACAGAUGUUGUUGAUACAUACCUAGGCGUCGCCACAGAUCUACUCCGUCACGUUGCAACUCUUAGCAUUCUUGACGAGGAAACAAAGCUUGGACCCGACUUUGCAGCUGAGGAUAUAUCAAAAAGACAAGCACUCUUCUACGGCGAUGGCAAAGGUGGAAGAUUCACUGCUACGGUUAAAUGGGAUACACUGCCGGCGAAGAUAUGUAUUCAAGUAUCAGAUAUCUUGAGGCAUGUCUCAGAUAUAUCGAUUGGCUCCCAUACCGAAUCGGCUAUACUGUUUCCACUUUUUCUGGCCGGUAGCGAGGCUACAGAGGACGGGCAUAUGGAUGCCGUCCGCGUCCGCUUGCAGAUGACGCUGCAAAAGCGGCAAUUUCAGAACAUUGCACGGUCUUUGGCUAUCUUGGAAGAUUUGUGGCAAAGAAGACAGGUUGCGGGUGCAAGUCAGGUUGACUGGACAGACAUACUGGAUGAGACCGGAGAACACCUUUUGUUGACGUAA